UAGCCCCUUCGUGUCCCGCAUGUUGUCCUCAGUUUGGAGCAGAGGGGAAAACCGCAACUUCACGCCGAGAAAUGUUGUGGAGAAGAUCUCUGUUAGCAGCUCUGCUGGCUGCGGCUGUAGGACUUUACCUGCUGCCGUCUCCCAUAGACCCCAAACCCCACAUUCUGAAGGGGCCUCCCCCGGCACUCGAAGGGCCCCUCGCUGUUAACACCCGGCUGCAGAGGGGGCGCAGGUUGUUCACUGGAAAACUACAUGGACCAGAAUCCUUUACUGCGGAUGAAAAUGGUAACGUUUACACAGGAACGGUGGACGGGAAGCUGUGGCGAAUCGGUCCUGAUGACAGCCUCGUCCUCAUUACACACAUGGGACAGGAGCUACCAGAAUGUGGCAGCAGCACAGACUACGAACCGGUCUGUGGUCGUCCUCACGGCGUCCGUCUGGACCGCCAUGGUCAGUUGAUCGUCGCCGACUCGUACUUCGGCCUUUACAGCGUAGACCCUGAAACGGGAGAGAAGACCCUGCUGGUGGCCAGCUCUGAUAGAGCUGCCGGCCUUCCCUUCGCCUUCCUGAACGGCCUCGAGAUCUCCUCCCAAACUGGGAUCAUCUAUUUCACCGACUCGUCCAGCCGCUGGGGCCGCAGACACGUCAAACUGGAGGUGAUCGAGUUAAACAGCCUCGGCCGUCUUCUCUCCUACGACCCUCGGAGUAAAAAUGUGACGGUGCUGCUGGAUUCACUCUACAUGCCCAACGGCAUCGCGCUGGCGCCUGACGAGAGCUUUCUGCUGCUGGCGGAGACCAGCAUCGGACGUAUACUGAGGUACUGGCUAAAGGGCCCAAAGGCUGGAAGCAAGGAGGUCAUUCUGGACAACAUGAUCGGUUACCCUGACAACAUCCGCCUUAGCGACCACGGAACUUUCCUGGUUGGCAUAACGACGCCGCGUUUUCAGAAGUUCCUGCCUCCUUUCCUGGACAUGAUCGCUCCGUACCCGGCGGUGAAACGCUUCCUGGCAAAGGUGGUUCCUCUGAGCUGGUACAACCUCCUGCUGCCGCGCUACGCUCUGGUCCUGGAACUGGGGAUGGACGGACAAAUCAUUGGAACGCUUCACGACCCUGAGGGCCGUCUAACGUGGGCCAUCAGUGACGUCUUUCAGCACAGAGGCAGAACCUAUCUGGGCAGCACUGACUUGCCGUUCCUGCCCAUCCUGGAGGCCUGGGACAGCUGAUGAUGGCCUGUGGCUACAUGAGCACAGAGACUGUCGAGGUUAGACGUGUCUGAAGGUGCUUCGAACCAGGAUCCUGUAAACCUAUUUACAGAUGAAGCAUAAAAUACCUUUAGAUCCAAUACUUAGUCUUUUAAAUACUCUAGAUCAGAGGUCUUAAACAGGGGGUCCGCGACCCCUAGGGGGUCCGCAGAGGUACUGCAUGGGGGUCGUGAAAGUCUUGGUUGAUUAAUUUUUUUAAUAUUCCCUCCUGCAAUUUUUUGCACUAAUUAAAAUGUCUUUAA